CGAAUCCGUUGAUUCCAGAUGUUACUCCUAUCGCUCUGCAUCCCUUUAUGUCUGAACAAAUUAGAUUCGGUUCAUGUUGUCCCAUGCUCCCUUGUAAAGUGGUCGAAAGACUAAGUACCCCUGAUAUCGUCGACUCCCUUCCACGAGUCCUACGUGAGGGUCAAGCGACAUCCCUCCAGCCGUGGUCGAUUAAGAGCAGCACGCCGUUGCUGGAAGAAUCGAGAUCGGUAAUGAAUGAUUUCCCAAACUAUCACGGGAACAAACCUACACAGGAAUUGCUCAAUGCUUCAAGCCUUUGCCCUAGUAGCGAUUGCGUGCCAUAUAAUCAUACUCACAGAGAAAAUGCCCUAUGUGACGAGGCCACUGUAGAAGCAACACAAAGCGUUCUUUAUCAAACAGCUGCAGAUACUGCUAGCGUGUAUCAUACGCCUUAUGAAACAGCUGCCGUUUGUACCGCAGAUAAACUGAGCAUUGCGGAUGAUAGCUAUGCUAACCAUGAUGACUUCCAAUGUGAUGGUAUUGAGCAGAGUGUUGAUGAAGAUAAUGAAAGCACAUAUGGAAGGUCCAGAUCACUCUCAGAGAAGACAUUGACAGAGUUAAGACUGGAUUCUCCAGUGCUCUCCCCUGCCCAACAACACGCGUGUCUGCUGAAACGGCGCCAACAAGUAGACGCUUACAGAAAACUGAACACGCAUCAACCGUCCUUUAGGUAUCCAAGGAGGCAUUCCGAGACGCCAGGACAAGGAGUUAACUGGUCAGAAAGAUUGGUUCAAAUGACCAUCUAUGAUGAGAAUGUUUGGUGUGAUCCUCUGGAUGAUACGUUGGAGUUAUAACGUUGUUGUCGACAUAGUAUAACUAUCACAAUUGAUGACAAAUUAGAAC